UUACACGCUCUUAUUUAGUACAUAGAGGCGGCUUUACUCGUCCACGGUCUUUCGCGGUAGAACGUGCGCGCGCGAGAGAGAGUUUACUCCGGAAAAAGUGAAAAAAAGAGGAACAGAGGAGAAACCGAAGAGUGAAGAAGAGCAAGAGACCGGUGCCGCAAACCGAACGCCGGGCCAAAUCCGCGCGAAUUCUCGAGGGAGAGCAAGCAAGGGAGAGGGAAAGAGAAAGAGAGGAGGACGACGGUGGCAAGAGCAAAAUCUUGUUGGAAAAUGUAACGACUCCGAGGAGCUUUCUCACAAGAAGGGAAGAGGAAGAGGAAAGAAACGGCGCGGAAAAAGGAAAGGGUGGAGGAGGUGAGGCGGCCAACGGCGACGGAGUCGGCGGUGGCGGCGGCGGCGGUGGCGGUGGUGAUUUUCUAAUCCGAACGGGGAGAGAAGGACGCGCUCGCCUUCGUUCGCCCGUGUGUGUUCCCGGUGGAUCAGAUCGGGGGAAAGUUCAUGGCGUGAGAGGCGCGUCAUCAUCCGCGGAGACUUGUCCCGUAUUCUUCUUCUCUGACAGCGUGAAGCCCGCGAGCGGCAGCGGAAGCAAUCAGGAUGCACGCGGUUGGAUUGCACUCGGCGCUGGCCAUCAAGCGUCAGAGAAAGCGCCGGGAUGAGCAGCGUCGCGCACGCGAGCGUCGUUAUAGCGCGCAAUCAGGCGAAAGCGGCCUGACGUCGCCUAGGGCCUCGACCGGAUCGCUGGACCAUCAUGGCAGGCAUCACAAGGGCCCGCACGCCGCCCGCGCUGCCGGCCAAGGUAUGCUCGACACGAAGGUGGUCACCUCUAUUGGAAUGCUGCACAUCGGCGUGGUGUUCUUGGUGUUGGGUGCCUUCCUGCUGAUGAGCGGCCUCCUGCCGGGCGACCUGACGCAUUGGGGCACCAAGGCCACCGGCGGCUGGUGGAACGAACUGGUGGCGGUAGGUCUGUUCGCCAUCUUCAUCGGGAUCUUCCUCGUCAUCCUGAAUCGCGUGAUCGCCAAGAAGGAGGAGGACGAUCUCGAGGAGUACGUGCAACGCCAGCUCACCAGAUCCAAGUCCGGCCACAGAUUGGAGAGAGACGUGGAGACCGGCGGCCUCACCACCCGGCACGCCAGACGGGCGAAGCAGAUGAAGCAGGUGUCAUCUGACGUCUCUCUAGAGAUCCAGGACGGUAAGGCCGCCGGUUCGCCGCCCAGGAGCCCGCCGCCGGCGUACACGCCGCAGGUAGCCGUCAACGGCGACAAUCAGGCGGUGCAGUCGGCGCUGUAUCUGGAACAGAUCACCGAGGAGGAGAUCAUCAGCGAUCGCGUCGAGACCUCGACCACCAACAGCCUCAGCCCGGGGUCGCCCAGCGAGACCAGGGAGCUGCUUCAGAAUGUGCGCUAUUCGAAACAGAACGGCAAUCCGCAGCAGGUGCACCGUUCGCUCUACGUGUCGAAGAUCUAAGAAGCGCGAGAGCGAGACGGCCGAAAGGCACCACGCGUCACGCACGAUUCCGCGGAAGCGGAGGUCGGCGAAUUAGUCACGACUAAUCGGCAGAUCCAUGCGAUGCGCCCCGUGAACGCGCCACUUCACGGAUUAAACACAGAGCGCACACGUCUUACCGUCGGGAGAACUUUUUAUCCGGGAUUAUAUCAUUAGGGUAUUAUCGUUAGCGGUCAUGGCGAGAUAUCGUGAGAGAUUAUCUCUCGGUGAACAUACAUUGGGAAUCAAAUUCCGGGUCGCAAUCGCGCUAACAUCACGAUCGUUUCGCGAGAUGCGUGCGGGGAGAAACGGUCACUUUGCGACGAGAUCGCGAAGCGCAAGUCGAAGCAAAUCAACGUUGAAAUCGCGUGUGAGAGAUCACGGAUGCGCGCAAAAUCGCGCGGAAAUAGUCUGUUAGCAUCGGGAAUGAACUCCCGGCGGGGUGAAGGCGCGACGGCAGCUUCCACGCUCGCGUAUAUUUACUGUUGCGUGAAUAAUCGAUAAAUCAUCGACGAGCCCGUUCCUUCCGAAGGAGUCGAGGGCCACCCUUUCUCCCCCGACUUCGAUCCGCUACGAAGUUUGGGAAGCGAGAAUCUCGGGAAAAUCGCGUGGAACGAAGGAACGGCCGGGAACCAAGUAAAGAGGAGCACGAAGAAUAAUCACAUUCAAGGACCAAGAACACUAUCCAAGGAGAUCAUAUCGUGGCAAAAGACGACGACGACAACGACGACGACGACGACGACGACGACGACGACGACGACGACGACAACGACGACUCUGCAAAGCACAGUUAACGCAUUCCAUAGUGGAAAGUAUUCGUAAAAAUAACUCAUUGCAUAAUCAUUUAUAACCGAAAAUCGAUUAUAUAGGCUUACGAGUAAUGGCGAAUUACAAUAGUCCCGCGCUCGCGCGCGUUUAACCCUUUCAUAUAUUACAUACUCUAUACUUAACUUGUUUCUACAAACGUCCUCCGACGGCGUGAUUAGUCAUAUUUUCUUAAUUGAAAAUUAAGAAAAUAAUUAUUAAUUGAAGCUAAUUGAUAAUUCGAGAUUAAUUCCACGUUAAACUCAAAUUGUAAGGUCAAUUGAUACCUUCUCUACUUAUUUGUUGCGUGGAUUCCGUCGUGGACGCUGCGAUGUUUGCGGAUUCGAAGUUGGGUUCUGAUUUCAUUGAAGAGUGAAGUUAUUAUCUGUUACCGUGACCCUUUUCCCGCGCGUGCCAUGCGCGUUGGGAAUGAAAGGAUUAAUAAUGCUUACGUAUCAGCGUCUGAAUCGAUGAUCCUUAGAGGGAAGAUAAUUGUGGAUGUUUCGAUUAUACGAUGGCAUUCCGAGAUCUUAUUUCAAUAUACUCCUAGCGCUCUAAUGUUUUAACUUUGAAAAAUAUUAUAAAUAUCUAUGGCGAAUUUCACACACACAUACACACAAGCACACAAACAGAUGAUACACCAUGGAAGAAUUCCAGCUAUUCGUCCAAUGACUGUUGGCGCAGUAUUGUUAAGCUAGUCAAUAAUUUUAAUAUGCUAUAUUCCUUUUUAUAAUAUAUUAAGCAUUUAUUUACAUACACAUACUAUAUAUAUAUAUAUAUAUAUAUAUAUAUGUAUAUAUAUAUAUAUACAUACAUAUAUACAUACAUAUAUAUAUAUAUACAUAUAUAUAUAUACAUAUAUAUAUAUAUAUACAUAUAUAUAUAUAUAUAUAUAUACAUACAUAGCUUUAGUCGGCGAGAUCUUCGAGAACGAAUGGAGUCGACUCGCACCUGAUUCCGGCUCACAUUAGACGACAAUGACGACAACGACGACGACGACGACGACGAUGACGAUGACGAUGACGUUAUUAACUCGCGGGGAAGAGAGGGGGGAGAACGCGGCUCGUCCCGUUCGUUUCCGGAUAUCCUUAAUAAAAUAUUGCUAUGCUCGGGCGCUACUAUUCUGUGAUCCUAAUAAAAAGAAAAUUAAUCGUCUUAUAAAUCGCAUUGAGAAUCGUUCUUUCGACGAGAGAGGCACAUCUGGUACUCUGUAUAUAUAUUAUACACUAUUAUACAUGUUGUUUUUUUAUCGAUCAUCGCGGGCACUGUCUAAUCCUCAACGAAGUGUCCCCGCCGUUUCAUUGUACGUGAAUUACGAUUUUUUAUGCCUUUUGCAAAAUUUGAGAAAAUGAGUGUGCGUGCACAAGAGAGAGAGAGAGAGAGAGAGAG